AUGGAGAAAGCCCAGAAGAAUGCAUCUGGGGAAGUCUUCAGUUUUGUUGGUGAAGCCUGUAAAAAGCUGACAUUAAAUGUGCCUUCGACACUAGAGGCUGACCAGAUAAUUGGAAGAGCAAACACCUUUAUCCACGAAGUCAUCUUGACAGCCCUGGAGCAGUAUUCUGAUGAGUGUUACACCUUCACUGAGGAGAAGUGCUCUGAUGAGUGUUACACCUUCACUGAGAAGCAGUGCUCUGAUGAGUGUUACACCUUCACUGGGAAGCAGUGCUCUGAUGAGUGUUACACCUUCACUGAGAAGCAAUGCUCUGAUGAGUGUUACACCUUCACUGAGAAGCAGUGCUCUGAUGAGAGUUACACCUUCACUGAGAAGUGUAACAAAGGGCUACCAUUCUCCUCUGGACUGGACAUACUGAUUGCCUAUGCAUCCACGGCGGAUGGCUAUUCAGCGGACUUACCGCUCCCACUGCCCAUCAAAGUAGAGGAUGAAAAUGACAAUUACCCUCUUUUUACAGAAGCGAUUUAUAAUUUUGAGGUUCCAGAAAGCAGUAGACUUGGUACUGUGGUGGGAGUGGUUUGUGCUACGGAUAAAGAUGAACCUGACACGAUGCACACGCGCCUCAAAUACAGCAUCUUGGAGCAGAACCCACGGUCACCUGGGCUCUUCUCUAUCCACCCUGACACCGGCGUCAUCACCACUGUCUCUCAUUACAUGGACAGAAAGGUUGUGGACAAGUACACACUGAUAAUGAAAGUCCAAGACAUGAAUGGCCAAUUUUUUGGACUGAUCAGUACAUCAACUUGUAUCAUAACAGUGCAGGAUUCCAACGACAACUCGCCCACGUUCAGACAAAAUGCUUACGAAACCUCUGUGGAGGAGAACACAUAUAAUGUCGAAAUCCUGCGCAUCCCUGUGGAUGACAAGGAUUUGGUUAAGAGUCCCAACUGGAAGGCAAAUUUUACCAUCUUAAAAGGGAAUGAAAAUGGACGCUUCAAAAUCACAACAGACCCAGCGACUAAUGAGGGUGUUCUGUGUGUUGUGAAGCCCCUGGAUUAUGAAGAAAAUCGUCAGGUGACCCUAGAGAUCAGAGUAAACAACGAAGCUCCAUUUAUCAGAGAUGUUACAAGCCGAGUACCCACCAUGAACCGGGCCUUGGUUACAGUUCAUGUGAGGGAUCAGGAUGUUCCAGAAUGCAAACCCCCUGAACAAUAUGUGCGGAUCAAAGAAAACUCAGCCGUGGGGCCCAAGAUCAAUGGCUAUAAGGCCUACGAUCCUGAAACCAAGAACAGCAAUGGCUUAAGAUACAAAAAAUUGCAGGAUCCUAAAGAAUGGGUCAGCAUUGAAGAAGUCUCAGGUCUGCUGACAAUAUCAAAAACCCUUGACAGAGAAUCCAUGGCUCCAAGAAAUGACUUGUAUAAUAUUACGGUCAUGGCAAUAGACCAAGAGGGUAAAUCCUGCACAGGGACACUCGCAGUGAACAUCGAGGAUGUGAAUGACAAUGCUCCAGAGAUUCUUCAAGAUUAUCUUGUCAUCUGCAAGCCGAAGAUGGGGUAUACGGACAUUUCGGCUGUCGAUCCUGAUGAGCCUGUCCAUGGCCCUCCCUUUCAGUUCAACUUGGCAAGCUCUUCUCCCGAAGUCAACAGAAUCUGGACCCUCAACCCAGUUAAUGAUACAGCCGCCCGCUUGUCCUACCGGACAAACGCUGAAGUUCAAGAAUACGUUCCCAUCACUGUACAAGACAGAGCAGGCCAAUCCACAACCAAAGUCUUGCGAGUUAACCUGUGUGAUUGUACUCAUCUGAGCCAAUUUACGGCCAGGUCAAGGAGUGUAGGGGUAUCCUUGGGGAAGUGGGCCAUCCUUGCCAUCCUUCUGGGCAUCGCGCUGCUGUUUUCGGUACUGCUAACUUUAGUAUGUAGCGUUGUCACUGCCCGGAAAGGACAACAUUUUCCUGAAGAUUUAGCACAGCAAAACUUAAUUAUAUCAAACACUGAAGCACCUGGAGAUGACAGGGUGUGCUCUGCCAACGGAUUCACCACCCAGACUGCCAACAACUCCAGCCAAGGCUUCUGUGGCACAAUGAGAAACGGUGGGCAGGAGACAUAUGAGAUGAAAGGACACCAGACCUUAGACUCCUGCCGCAUGGCUGGCCAUCACCACACCCUGGAUCCCGGCAGAGGAGGACACGUGGAGACUGACAACUACAGAUGCACUUACUCCGAGUGGCAGAGUUUCACGCAGCCCCGACUUGGUGAAGACUCCAUUAGAGGACACACUGGUUAA